AUGGAGGAAACAAAUUCAACUAGUGUAGAAUUCGGAAUAGGAGAAUCAAGUGCUAUUGGACUUGAAAUUGCGGACAAUACUGUAAAUGCUCCUAAACCACUACUAGGAAUGAAGUUUAAUAGUUAUGAAGAACGUUAUACCUAUUAUAACUCUUAUGCAUUGUUGAUGGGUUUUGGAAUAAGGAAGAGCACGGUAAAUAACUCUCGCAAGACUAGAGAAGUGGUAGACAGAAAGUAUGUUUAUGAUAAGGAGGGCUAUAGACCUAAAAGAGACAAGAUAGAAAAUCCAAUUCGGCGAGAGACCCGAGUGGGAUGUAAGGCAAUGAUACAAAUUAAAUUAUUAGAGGACAAAUCGUGGGAGGUCAUGGGGUUUAUUGAAGAAUAUACAAAUCAUGUGUUGAGUAGUCCAGACAAAGCAAAAAUGCACAGAUCACAUCAACAAUUCCAUAAAACUCAAAGAUGUAAAAAACUUAUUGAUAUUCUGCAAGAAGAAGGUAUGCCUCCUUUCACUAUUUCUCGUGUUAUUAAUGCAACUAAUGGAAGAGAAGGUGAAUUAGUGACACCACAACAAUACAUUGAUCAUAUCAGAACCCAAAGAGUCAACAAUAUUGGUCAUGAAUGCAUAUCUAUCAUUCGACAUUUUCAGAGUGCGACAGCGAAUGAUCCAGAAUUUUAUUUUGCAAUAGAAGUAGACAGUAGUGGACAAAUGAGGAGUGUUUUCUGGGCCGAUGGAAGAUCAAGAGCAUCUUAUUUGAAAUUCAGUGAUGUUAUUAUGUUUGAUGUGACAUACAGAACUAAUAAGUUCAGCCUUCCAUUUACUCCAUUUACUGGUGUAAAUCAACAUAGGCAAUCCACUUUACUUGCUUAUGCAUUAUUAGCCGAUGAACAGGAAGAUACCUUUGUGUAG